AUGUUCAACUUCGCAACUCUCGUCGCCGUUGCCGUCGCGGCUCUCUCCGUCUCGGCCACUCCUGCUGCUGAGAUUGAGCGUCGUCAGGCCAUAGGACAGCCCAUUACGGGCGGAUCAGCGACAUACUACUUCCAGAAUGGUGUUCGUGGCGCGUGUGGCGGCACUAACCCUGACAAUGCGGCCGUCGUGGCGGAACAGGCUAUACGCUACGGCACGGGUGCUGAUUGUCACCGUAAGGUCCGCGUGACGAACACGCAGAACGGCAAGACCGUCGACGCGGUGGUUGCGGAUCGCUGCGAGGGAUGCCAAGGAAACCCAAACUCACUCGACCUAUCUGUCUAUGCGUUCACCCAGAUCGCUGACGAGGCCCAGGGAAUCGUCCCGAUCACCUGGGAAUUCCUUUCCUAA